AUGUGCCUUCCAGAACUCCCAGAAAAUGGAAAGUUUCAACAAGUUAAAGAAUGGCUUAAAAAGUUUGAAGAGGCAUUUGGUUAUGAAAACGUUGCAAAUAAAUGGACUACAGGAAAUGCAAGAGCAUUUAAAAAUUAUGGAGAAAACGAUUUGAAAGUGAUUUUUGGAUUAGAAGGAUCUCUUAUCUAUAAAUCUCUUCAUAAUAAUAAAGUUGCCACACAAAAUCGUGCCAGAGAAGCAGAGCCUGAUCAUCACAAAAGGAAGCCUCGGCCAAAUAUUUCAACGGAAGGACCAAUACAUCCACAAUCUACUACGUUCAUGCUUCCCUUUCUUGAACGGGACAUCUUUGAAGACGUGUUAAAUGGCUUUUAUUAUGGAAGGAAGUCAUUCGUCAUUCAUGGGCCAUACCAAUCUGGAAAGACUACGUUUCUGUUGGCACUUGAAGCAGCGCUCAGAGAGAAGUUUGAUACAGACAUUAAACAAUUUGACAUGACGGGAGCCACGGGCGACAUCUCGAUAAAUGGCCCGCAAGUUGGAUUUACUAAUUUUCUAUCAUAUCUUAUUUUUCAGGAAUAUCUUGAUUCAUCAGCAUUGUAUACAAAGCUUCAAUAUUGGCAGAGACGGCUUAUCUUACUUAUUGAUGAGUUCCAGUUUAUCUUCAGAUCCCAAGACCUUCUCUAUAUUACAAAGGCUUUCUUCAAUGCUCUCUCGUUCAAUUCACGUAUAUCCUACGUUGCC